CAAAUAUAUAAAAACUACGAAAUAAAGUUUAAGAAAUAACACGAAUGAGGUAUAAGUUUAAGAAAAAUAUAUAAAAAUAUAUGUAAUAUUAUUUUGUAACUGUUAUUGAAUCUUUUUUAGAUGACUUUGGUAUUAUUUUUCUUCUUUUUGCUCCUUUCUCAGAAUUUAAUUAAAACUACCAAAAUUAGAAGACCAUGGUGGUGAAAACCAUGUGCUAAAACACAGUAUUAUAUACACUAAGUUAAGCUGGUUUUAUUUUUUCAGUUAUAAUAAAUUAUAACAAUUAUUUUUUUUAAGAUUUCUUUCUAGUCUGAUAUUAAAUGCACAUUAAUUUUCAGAUUUUUCAUUUUUGCAUGGUGAUAACGUGUUGCUUCUGGUGUAUCAACUCUCUCUCUCUCUAUAUUUUUUUUUUCUUGAAUAAAAUUUAUAAUUUCCAAAGAAAGUCCAUAUAUUUCUCUCUUUCUCUCUCUCUCAGUAUUUCUUUUAACCUUGACACGUUUAUUAAUAUGAAUGAAGAAAACUUUAAAAGGGAAAUCAAAUGGAAAUUUCCCACUUGUAUUUCCUAAAUUUUAAUUAUUAAAACAAAAAAGUAAAAGUUCAAUAAUCCUAUAAACUUUUUCUUAAGGGUAUAAUCACUAUAUAAAUAUCACUUCUCUAGGGGCUUCUUCUUCACUUCUCCCUAAUAUCCAAACACACAUGUAUUAGUCAAUUCUAAAACAAAAUCCUGUUUAGCCAUCACUUAAAACCAAAAAAAAAAUCUCUAGUCCUCAAAGGAAUACAAUUCGAGUUUAAAGAAUAAAAUAGAAAAAAAUCUUAAUAAUCUCAAUUACUUGAAGAUAUACCAUGAGGCUGGUAUCACCUGUAGUACUGCUGCGGCUCCUUGUUGUCAUUGUUCUGGUAAUAAUUAUUUCCAUAAUUUCCAAAUAAAUUUAUAUUAAUUUGAUUGCAACAUUAUAUUACAUUUCUUUUACGUACUCACAUUCAUAAUAAUAUCCAUUAUUAUUUGAAUUGUCAUUUUUUGAUAAUUUUUUACAAGAUAAUCGAGAAUGUUAUUUUGCAAAAUUACACUAAAGAAUAUUUUAUUUUUAUUUGAAAUUAAAAUAAAUAAAUGUAGGUAACGGCAGUGGUAGUACUUCAGGGUUUAUUGUUACCAAAUUGGUAUGGAAUGAUUAAACAUGUUAAAGAGGAUGUACAUGUGAGCUCCAACCAUUUGCAUUCCCAACUCAAAUCCCAAAUUGAGAGAACUACAAGGCUUUUCAGCCAAACAACUUCUUCUACACCCAACUUGGCAAGAUUUUUAGAUUCAUCUUUUAAUGGAUCUAACCUCUCAUUCUCUGAUAUUGAAAUCAAGGUGGCGCCACUUUUAUUCCAAUCGCUACUAAUGACCCCACACCUUGGUCAAAUCUCAUACAUUGGAAAAGAUGGUCAAGUUAUAUCCUACUCCAUGGACCAACUCAAUCAAAUAUUUAUGAUCUACUCUCCUCACUAUUAUUCCACCCCCAUGAAAAACACCAAUUGGUACAAACAAAGAGUUGAUCAUGACACUGGAAAGACACUUGGAGAUGUCACCACAUUCAAACCAUUCACCACCAUUAAUGCAAGCUCCUUCACAGACUUAGCCUUGAACAGCAUGAAUGGCUCCUAUGCUUUUCUAGGAACCAAAUGGGACAAUGGUCAUGAUCUCUUACUCCAAAACUCAGCCACUGUUAACCGUGGCAAAGGUCUCAUUGUUCUAGGGUAUUUGGUCAAAGACCUAAGUGAUGAGUUAUAUGGUGAUGUGAGUAGUAGUAGUAGUAGUAGUAGUAGCUUGUUGUACUUGGCUACCAAAGGUGGAGAAAUGGUUGUUAAUCAUGGGCUCAAAGGGACUAAGAUGGUCGUUGAUGUAGAGGAUCAUAGUAAUCAUGUUUCAGUCUCAUUUGAAUUGAUUGAACCGAAUGGUAGUGGUGAUCAUAAUGCAAGUGUUAAAUGUUAUUCUUAUAGCAGUGGGAGAUCUUCACCAUCACCAGUGAUAAGUACUACAGUUGUGAAUAUUGAAGGAACCAAUUAUGACUUCUAUUGUUCUCAACUUGAUGUGAUUGGGGUGCAAUCGGUGUAUGCAUUGGCAGUGCCACAAAGUGAAAUGGUGAACUUUGUGCACAAGCAAAGUACAGUGCAGCUCAUCCUUCUAGUAUCAAUAAUGGUGACAACCAUUCUUCCAAUAUUCAGCUUUGUGUUCAUAAAUUUCAGAGACUCAAUAAUAGAGAAUUAUCUGAGAGAUGCACUGAUGGAGCAACGGGAGGCAACCAAACUAGCUGAGGAGAGGACUCAAAACAGAAGCCUAGCUUUUGCAAGAGCCAGCCAUGACAUUAGAGCUCCUUUGGCUGGAAUUAGUGGUCUCAUAGAGUUGUCUUAUAAGGAGGUUACUCCUGGCACUGAGCUUGAAACUAAUUUAAGACAAAUGGAUGCUUGUACCAAGGACCUUUUAGGUAUAUUGAACACCAUUCUUGACACAAGCAAAAUUGAGGCUGGAAUGAUGAGGCUAGAAGAGGAAGAGUUUGAAAUGGCUCCUCUUUUGGAAGAAGUAGCUGAUUUGUACCACCCUGUUGGAGCUAGUAGAGAAAUUGAUAUGAUUUUGGACCCUUGUGAUGCCUCUGUGAUAAAGUUUUCACAUGUCAAAGGUGAUAGAAUCAAGCUUAAACAGAUACUAUGCAACUUGUUAAGCAAUGCUGUCAAAUGUACACCAAAUCAUGGUCAAGUGGUUCUUAGAGCUUGGGCUAGAAAACCAUGCUUCACAAAUAGCUCAAUCAAUGACACCCCACCAAAUGAAGGAGUUAUAAAGAAACUAUUUCCAUGCUUGUCUCAAAAGAAAAAAGCUCAUGAGAACGACCAUGACCAUGAUGCUGUUGCUGCUGCUGAUGAUGAUCAAUCCAUGAAUAUGGUCAAGAACGAUCCGCAUGUUAUGGACUUUGUGUUUGAAGUGGAUGACACAGGGAAAGGAAUCCCGAAGGAAAAACGAAAGGCGCUUUUCCAAAACUAUGUCCAAGACAAAGAUACUACUGUAAUUAAAGGAGGCACUGGCUUAGGACUUGGUAUUGUCAAGUCUUUGGUAGAAUUGAUGCAUGGAGAAAUCUCUGUCGUGGACAAGAACAUUGGAGAAAAGGGAGCUUGCUUCAGGUUCAAUAUUCUUCUCUCUGUGUGUGAGGAUGCCUUUGACAAUAAUAAUAGCUGUACUACUAAAGAAGACCAAAAUGAAUUGGAAACUAAUGCUACUAAUAAUAGUAGUACUGCUACUAAUAAGGAAGACCAUGAAUUGGAAACUAAUGAGCUGGUACCAAGUAACAUUGGUAAGCAAGAAGAAGAAGGUGUUAGCCAAAUAAGCACACUCAACCCGAACUGUAGUCCAAGUCCUAAGGUAGAUAGUUCUUAUGUUAUCCUAAUGAUUCAAAACGAUGAAAGGAGAAGAGUUUCACUGAAUUUCAUGAAGAGACUUGGGAUAAAUGUUUUGUUGGUGGAACAGUGGGAACAACUUCCUAGUAUUCUCAACCAAGUGAAGUGCAUGAAGCAAGGGAACAACAGUGGUGACAACUCAAGCACAGACUCUUCAGCAUCCCAGAGUCCUUACAAAGCCAUUGAAACAAAUGGCGAAAACUACGCACUUUCCCUCUUCAAAAGGAGUACUACUAUUGAUCAUCUACCUCGGGGAACAUCGGGUGGGUUAGUAGUAAUGGUAAUGGAUACAACUGCUGGACCAAUUUCACAGCUGUUAGAGGUGGUGAAUGAGUUCAAAAACAGCCUCGAAAACACUACUUGCCGAGUUUUUUGGCUAAUGAAUCCACUGGCUCGUACCACCGACAACUCUUUCUUUGACACAAAUGACACUAUUAUGUACAAGCCAUUCCAUGGGACUCGUUUGUUCCAAGUGGUGAGACUUCUUCCAGAAUUUGAGGCUUCAUCUUCAACUACAGUUCCUUCUAGAAGGGUCAAGCAUGAAAUCGAAGAAGUUGGUAGUACAAGCAGUGAGUUCAAGAUGCUUUUGAACAAGACCCUUUCAAUCCAUGAACAUAAUUACAGGUACUCAUCUUAUCAUAUGUCUAAGACUCAAUUUCUAAGUGAAAUACAAGAACCUGGGGAAUCGACCAAGACAAGCAAUCCAAGUGAGAAGCUACCAUUAAGUGGGAAGAAGAUUCUGGUUGUAGAUGACAACUUAUUGGCUCGAGAAUUGGCUAGUAGAAUAGUCAAACAGCAAGGUGCAACUACUGAUCUAUGUUCAAAUGGCAAAGAAGCUUUUCAACUUGUUUCCAAAGAACUAGCCAAUCAGAUGAAACAUGGAGAAUCUAUGACUCUUCCUUACUAUUGUAUAUUGAUGGAUUGUGAGAUGUCAGUAAUGAAUGGAUAUGAAGCAACUAAGGAGAUAAGAAAAGAGGAGAAACUAUACGGUGCUCAUAUACCAAUAUUCGGUCUGACUGCUCAUACAGCGGGUUCUGAAGAAACUGACAAGACAACAGAAGCUGGGAUGGAUGCUUGUCUAAGCAAACCGUUGAAACAAAACGAUCUGUUUAAAGCCAUCCGAUCCAUCAAUGCAUCAAAGUGAUCAUGUUCCCUACAUGCUAUCUUGAAAGUUUGUUAAUGAGAAUAAGCAAUUCACAGAAACUCGUUUCUGUGUUACUAUUUAACUGAGACAGGAACAAAAAAAUACACUCACAAACACAGACAAUAAUCUUAGUUAAGAACCAAUAUUAUCAUACUGAUAUGGGCUUGGUAAUCUUAUUUAGGGUACCUGCUAACUGCCUUGUAUUUGUAGUUUCAUUUUCUAUAUAUCUUAUCUAUAUAAUUUAUAUAAAUAUAUAAAAAAAAAGUUUUUAUCUGUAA